GAAACACCGUGCAACCUGCCCAUUUGCUCGUAUCUGCUUAAUAAGGCACUAAGACCUUCAGCCACAAGAAGGAAAAGAUACGGGAGAGAGGAUCCCUAGCGCAGCCAGAUCAAUCGUUCCUUCAUCAAAAGGAAUAGAAUAACCGACAGAGAUCACACAUUCCAUGAUCAAUCCUACCCACACCCCAUCAAAGCCUAAGAAGAAUUUCUUCUUUAACUAAAAUGCUAUGAUCGUUGCAAAUCCCAAUCUAGGCUCAUCGUAUCUAUAUUCUAUAUAGUUGCAAAAGCUCAAAGAGACUUGUGCUCUGUUUGGAUUGAAGGUUAGGGAGUAUAAUUGAUGGGUGGUAUAUUAAGCCUAAAUAAUCACAAAACCAUCUUGACUGCGGCAAAUGGGGCUUCACAGAGUGACACACGCAAGAGACGGAGGAUUUCAGCUAGUUUCAGGGAAGAUGAUCCGCCUUGGUUGAUCCCCAACCUUCCUGAUGAGAUAUCCUUUCAAAUUCUUGCGAGACUUCCUAGAGCUUUUUACUUGAAAGCCAGGUUGGUUUCGCGUAGAUGGAAAUCUGCUAUUAUGAGCCCCGAACUAUACAAAACAAGAAAAGAACUCGGGACAACCGAGGAGUGGCUCUAUGUUUUGACUAAGCUCAAUGAUGAUAUGCUUUUAUGGUAUGCCUUGGAUCCCGUCUCAGGGAAAUGGCAACGGUUGCCACCAGUGCCCACCAAAGAGUGUGCACCUAAAACGAUCGGGAUCACAGAUGCCGUAAGGCGUUUGUUCAGGAAAAGGGAAUCCCUUGACCAUAUCCCCUUUUGUGGUUGUGCUAUUGGAGCCAUGGAUGGGUCCCUCUAUGUCUUGGGAGGGUUUUGUAGAGACUCAACCAUGAGGUGCGUUUGGCGUUACGAUCCGAUAAAGAAUGUUUGGGAUGAAAUCAGCCCGAUGUCCGUUGGUAGAGCUUAUUGUAAGACUGGCAUCCUGAAUGGGAAGCUUUAUGUGGUCGGAGGUGUAACUCGGGAUCCAGGCGGGCUUACCCCACUUCAGUCAGCAGAAGUGUUUGAUCCCCGGUCCGGCGUCUGGACGCAAAUCCCAAACAUGCCCUUCGCCAAAGGCCAUAUGCUUCCAAAUGCCUUCUUAGCCGAUUUUCUCAAACCUAUAGCCACCGGGAUUUCGACUUACAGAGGAAAGCUUUACGUCCCUCAGAGUUUGUAUUGCUGGCCAUUCUUUCUCGAUGCCGGAGGGGAGGUUUACGAUCCGGAAACAAACAGGUGGGUUGAGAUGCCAGUAGGGAUGGGGGAGGGGUGGCCUGCCAGACAGGCCGGGACGAAGUUGAGUGUGAUUGUUGAUGGUGAACUCUAUGCUUUGGAUCCUUCUGGGUCAACAAAUGCCGCUAAGAUAAACGUGUAUGAUUCCCAAGGUGAUGUUUGGAAGGCAAUUGAAGGGGAUGUGCCAAUUUGUGGUCUUGCCGAUUUGGAUUCUCCUUAUUUACUAUCAGGGUUUCUUGGAAAGAUUCAUGUGGUAACUAAGGAUGGAAAUCAGAAUAUUGUGAUCUGGCAAGCAGAUAGGCAUAAUCAGCCCGUUCCAUCUUCAGGCACGUAUGGUUUCGAUGCAAAUAUAUGGAGAGUUAUUGCAUCAAAGAGCAGUGGAUCAUCAGAGCUUGUCAGCUGUCAGCUUCUUGAUAUUUAGCGCUGAAGGUCAAGGACACAUUAUACAUAGAACCACUUGUUUUCCAGGAAAACAUGUAUCCAGAAAUAACUUGCCACACUAAGUUAUUUUCCAGGAAACAAACAGAGCUUUAGUUUUGAGUUUUUUUCAAGAAUACAUUCUCAUCCCGCUCUGGGGAAGUAAGCUUAUUCACUCCCCCCUAUUCAAUUAAUAUGUGGUAUAUAUUAAAGAAAGUAUUGUUGUGUGACUGUAUGAUAAACAUUAGGAACAGCCUAGAUAAAUAAUUAUUGUCUGUACACAAACAUUAGAUCGUGUGGAGUUGCGAUUGUUGAAAAAAGUCUUACUGUGCAAAUACUUCUUAGUCGUUCGGCUAAAGUAUUGGAGCGACUGGGCUAAGGAUUGUGUUGUUCAGGCUCCCACCGGCUACUUUGGCAUCCACCUGAGUACAUCAAUGAAUGUGCUGAUUACCUGUUUUGAAGUUGUUAACCUUAACUGCAACGUUCAUCUUGAUCUCAAUACUCAGUAUAUGUGAUACAGAAAAAUUAUUUUUACUUUGGGUCUAGUGAGGAUAUUUUAUGUCAUUUAUAUUUCUAUUCACAUUCUACUCAUUGUAUAGACUAGUCAUAGACUUCAUUGUAUAAUUCUGGUUUUAGAAAUAGCAUUCUUAUGCUCAAUAUUCAUUCUGUGGCUCAUACAUUAUAUGUUGUUAAUAUAUUGGCCUAAGAACAUACAUAAAAGGAACAUAUUAUUUAUACUUACACAGAAUUGAUUUGUUAUAAGCACACAGAUAUAACAUCGCUCAAGUCCGGAGAGUAUAGUACAGUAAGGAAAGCAUUUGGAACUUUGGAUUGAAGUUUUCGGAGGGCUUGGUCUAUAUGUCGAGAAAUAGAAUGUCCCUGAAGGCGAGCAAAAGUUUUCUUGGUCCAGAUCACACCGAUCAAGAUUUGGAGUAGAAUCAAAGGAUAUUUCACCUCCAGGGGUGGUGUGGCCCCAUGUGCUUGCGCAGACUAUUGUAAUAUGCUCUGAACGUAUCCUGCUUCUUAUUGCCACUGCUACCAUUUCUCUGUCCGACCAUCCCCGCCUUCCCAACAUCCUUGGACUGGCGGAGUGGAAUCUGGAUCAACUAGUCUAUCCUAUUUCUCCUCAUCCAGAAGCCCCUUAACCUGAAGCAUAAGAGCAAAUUUGGAAAGGAAUUAUAUUGGGACUCCGUUUGUUUCAGGCCAUGCAUAUAUUUUCCUUUAAGUUUUUCCUUCUGUCUCACUCAAGAACAUUCUCCUGGAGGAAAAGCUUUUUCAUGCUGGUAAAGCAGAAUGUACCACACAGGGAAAUUAAAAAUUGGUGAUGAUUUUUCUUCUCCCAAGUGUUUGGUGGUUUGUCAUCAGAAAAUAAGAACGAAAAUCAAAUAUACUGAUUGAUUUUUUCUCAAGUCAGUUUUUGUAUAACAGAAAUGAACGGAUCAUGUUUUUUACAAAAAUAUUACUAAAAUAAAACUUAUUUACACAAAUAUGACUAAUAGUUACUACAAUGAGUGUCAUGGUAAAUUAAGUUUAAAAAUUGAACAUAAAUUACUAUAAUUUCAUUAUUACUCUAGUCACUAGUCAUAUUUAUGUAAGUCAUCUAUAUUUUAGUUAUACUUAUGUAAUUAUCUAUAUUAGCUUUUUUAGGGAAUUUAAAACAAU